UAUCCAAAACUGAUCAGUUUAGAUCUUUCCUUCAAGAUGUGGGCAAAAGCUAGUGCUUCAACGACCCAAAAAGAUGGUAAUAAGGAAUUGAGAGAUGCUAAUUGCAAAAGCUUGAAUGUCAACGAGGAGUACUUUAGUGCACUAAGAACGAAAUCAUAUGCAGAGUUCUUCACAAAAGUUGAAUUACUUGUAAACCAGCCAUCCUAUGCAUCACUCUGCAGCAAUCAGGAGUUCUCUGAAAUUCUUCUUGAACCUGGUCAAGACACCAUACCAGCUAUUCUUGAUGCUGCAACUCUUUCAAAGAUUCCUGCACUCAAAGGCCUUAUGCUCAACUACUUUGACAUCAGUGCUGAGGCUUCAAACAUCUGCAGCCACCUCCUCAAAAGCAUCAAACAGAUCCAAUCCAACUACCACCAUACCCUUGAUACAAUUGAUAAUGAUUAUCAUUCUCCUGAGCAUCUCAAGCUGAUUAUUUCUGAGCUAAACACUUUUAUUAUCCUCAACAAGCAUGAAUUUAAGCUGAUACUCGACAGGUACUCAUUGGUAUUGCACCACCUGAAGUCAGUGAGAAAAAGGGUGGCAAGAAAACUUAAGCUGAUCAAAUAUUUCAAGAAGGCUUUUGGGAUUUGCUUGAUAGCAGCUUGUGGGUUGAUAGCAAUUGCAGCCAUUGUUGUAGCAACACACACUCUCAUGAGCACACUUGUCUUGGUGCCAACACUUAUGAUCAGCUCCCCCAUGAAGCGCUUGAAAAACAAGUUUUUGAGAUUUGGAUUUUUCAAAAGUGGGAUUCUCAGGAAAGUGGGGAAGGAGAUUGAUGUAGCUGCUAAGGGAACUUACAUAUUGAACAGAGAUUUUGAUACAAUGAGCAGACUUGUGGCACGGCUUCACGAUGAGGUUGAGUACAAAAAGGCACUGAUGAGAUUCUGUUUGGAGAGGAGGGAGGAUAAGUUUUCUUUGCAAGUAGUGAAGGAGAUUAAGAAGAGAGAUGUUGGGUUCAGGAAGCAAGUGCAGGAGCUUGAAGAGCAUGUAUAUUUGUGCCUUGUAACCAUUAACAGGGCUAGAGCUUUGGUCAUUAAGGAGAUCAUGACUUCAUGUCGUGUAGAGAAAUAA